AACGACACUGAAACACACACAGUGCCGUCCACUUUUUCUCGCCACUCCUUCCUCUAUCUCUCUAACUUCUUCCUGCGUCAAUGGCGACUCAAGGUCAGGUUAUCACAUGCAAAGCUGCUGUGGCUUACGAGCCGAACAAACCACUGGUCGUCGAAGAUGUGCAAGUGGCUCCACCUCAGGCCGGUGAGGUUCGGAUCAAGAUCCUCUACACCGCUCUCUGCCAUACCGAUGCCUACACUUGGAGCGGCAAGGAUCCUGAAGGUCUAUUUCCGUGUAUUCUCGGUCACGAGGCUGCUGGGAUUGUUGAGAGUGUUGGUGAAGGGGUAACAGAAGUUCAACCUGGAGACCAUGUUAUCCCUUGUUAUCAAGCUGAGUGCCGUGAAUGCAAGUUCUGCAAAUCUGGGAAGACUAACCUCUGCGGCAAGGUUCGAUCUGCUACUGGUGUUGGGGUCAUGAUGAACGAUCGCAAGAGCAGGUUCUCGGUUAAUGGGAAACCCAUCUAUCACUUCAUGGGUACCUCCACGUUUAGUCAGUAUACUGUAGUUCAUGAUGUUAGCGUCGCCAAAAUCGAUCCCAAGGCUCCCUUGGAGAAAGUGUGCCUUCUUGGUUGUGGUGUUCCCACUGGCCUUGGAGCUGUUUGGAAUACUGCAAAAGUAGAACCAGGAUCAAAUGUUGCCAUUUUUGGUCUUGGCACUGUGGGGCUUGCUGUUGCUGAGGGUGCGAAAACAGCUGGUGCAACAAGGAUUAUUGGCAUUGAUAUCGAUAGCAAGAAGUAUGAAACUGCAAAGAAGUUUGGUGUUAACGAGUUUGUGAACCCAAAGGACCACGAAAAGCCAAUUCAGCAAGUGAUUGUCGAUCUCACUGAUGGUGGUGUUGACUACAGCUUUGAGUGUAUCGGCAAUGUCUCCGUGAUGAGAGCCGCGUUGGAAUGUUGUCACAAGGGAUGGGGAACUUCAGUUAUUGUGGGUGUUGCGGCAUCAGGACAAGAGAUAUCGACCAGACCGUUCCAACUCGUGACUGGUCGUGUGUGGAAAGGAACAGCUUUUGGUGGUUUCAAGAGUCGAACCCAAGUACCCUGGCUCGUAGAAAAGUAUAUGAACAAGGAGAUAAAAGUGGACGAAUACAUAACGCACAACAUGACCUUGGGAGAUAUCAACAAAGCUUUUGAUUUGUUGCACGAAGGUACUUGCCUUCGUUGUGUCCUCAGUACCAGCGAAUGAACACACCAAUGGUUUUAUCUUCUCCCUCUCUCUCUCUCUCUGCUUCUCUCUCUCUGCUUCUUCAUGUGUUUUGUUUAUGACUUUUGUUUAUGGUUCGACAUGACAAGUGUGUGCGUUGCUGUCUUAUGCUUCAAUAAAAUUUGAUUAGACACCGAAGAUCAUCAUUAAUAAUAAGCAACCACGUUUAUGAA